AUGGCCGGUCAGACAGACUCUGUAACUGUGCCAUUGGAAAAUGGCAUCAAGUCGUUUUCUCAGCCAUUAGCACUUGACAAGGCGCCUUUUAGUCCAACUGCUGCUGCACAUUGCCAUCAAGCUACAUCAAGUCUUUCAAACGGACAUGAUAUGACAUCCAUCCCAGAAAUGUCUGAUGAGGAUAGAACAAAACUACUUCCAGAAAUACCGCCCAAUACGUUUCCGUUUGGAGAGCUGUUGAGUCGGACAGUUCAAACAACAUACACAGACCUGCUGGAUCUGGCUGAAACACUUCCGAGUGCUAGCAACGAUGAACGCAAGAAACAGUUGCUCAAUUUUUGUUUUGCAAAACGGAAGCUUUUUACAAAGUUAUUGGUUCUUCUUCGUGCUAGUUCAAAGUCCAAGGAUAUCAUGACAUGCCAGAGAGUGCAUGCAUUUAUCGAUCAUCAAGAUGGCGCAUUUUCACGAACUGCUGAUGACUUGUUUGCAAUUCAUAGUCAGAUGCGGGUAGCAAAAAUUGCCAACUAUGAUAUCCAAACUGCAGUUGAUGUGCUUACCACUGGCACAUAUCAACGUCUUCCAAAGUCACUCAAGGCACAGCUUGUUUCUGAAGAGCCUCUUACUGCAGAUGAGGUCAGUCGGACCAAGGAAAGAUUAAACGAUUUGAUACGUAUGCGUCUCACAUGUGAAGAAGUUGUUCCAGCUGCGCUACGCCAUAAUAUGAAAAUCGAAAACGGCUACGUUUUGUUCAAAGUUCCUGGCGAGUUUAGUGUUACACUGACCAUGUCACCCGGCAAUAGUGAGCAGCCGUGGACUCUUGUGGAUCUUCAAAUUUUGGCAAAAUCAACAUCAACUGGUUAUGGAGGUAGUCUUCCUAGUUUGCAACCAACACAAUUACAGGCUUUUAAGGAUGCAUCACAACGUCAUUUGGCCGAUGACAAAUCAUCCUAUUGGUUAAUUGUCAGACUUUAUGAGUUUAUCCACAAAUUUUGUCUGACUUAUCAAUUACACAUACUAUCGUCGCAAGCAAGCUAUUUAUGUCAGAAUCGAUGGAUGGAUCAUUUGCAGGUUGAAAAACAAGAGUUGGUUUUGAAACUCAAUAUGUGGCACAAUCCCUCUGCUUCAAACGCUGUAUCGUAUCGGGAAUACUAUCAGCUGCGCAUUUCUGCAGAGUACAUACCAACCGUGUAUCCCGAUAGAUCUUUCGAGCCAAUGUCAGAUUCAGACGGUCUACAAAAAGUGGUGCUAGAGUCACUAUCGCAGAUGAUUGUGAAUUCAGGGAAAAACAACGGUCUCAAAAUAUCACUUAUUGGUAUUUUGGGAAGUACUGUUCGUGAUAUUGAUAUUCCAGACAUGAUCAAAUUGAACACAGAAUCCUUGGACAUUGAAGAGCUACUUUUGAGUAUCACUGAUUAUCAAUCGCGCAUAAUUAUUUGUGCAAUGCGGGAUGAACUUCUUACAAACGCAUCUGACUCAUCGGCUGGUAGCUUGGUACACAGUGCUUUUACUAGUGAGCAUGUUCAGAUGAGCAUGGGAAUAGAAGCAGAGACUGGAAAUUCAACUUCGCCUACAAUCAAAAGCAUGCUUCCUGCAGCCUCGUUGCUGGUCAUGUAUCGUCCAGAGUCUUGGGUUAGAUUAUCAGUUAAUCCUCGAACUGGCAUAGUGAUUGCUAGUUUGGCAGAUGCGAGUGGUCUAGGGAGUCUUGUUGGAGCCAAUAGUAGUACGUGCUCGCCUAUAUCCGAAAAUGCUCCAGCAGGAUCGACCCUGUCUAAGGAAUCAGGCAAUGGAUUAAAGCGAAUCACCACUUCAAUAGAUCGUAAUUUAAAAAUAGUAGAGCAGCAGAUUAAUGCGAAUGUGCGGAAUACCAAGCAAGCCAUUCUAUACCUUCGCCGUGCUACUACCAUCACGCAAAUUGAGACUAUGGCUCUCUACCUUGGAUUAGAAGUAGCUGAUUUUGCACAUAUUGGCACUGAUUCACCUCUAAAGCACCUACAAACUGACAAAGUUAGAUUGACACAUCUUCGAUUUCCAGGAAAAGAUGACAAUGUUUUAGUUAUUGCUGCAGGAACACCAAACGACAUACAUCAUGACAAUGCGUUGCAUUCUCAAGUCAGCGAUACAGUAAUAUACUCUGAAGAUGCAGAGUUUUAUGUGUGGAUCAUGUCGCUUAAGCCGUCUGAGCAUCGCACCAAAAAACCAGAGUUUCAAAUCAUUCCAUUGUCUCCUGCCGAUGUUCCUGGCGUAUUAGACUCGACUGAUUCGUUAAUAGAUGUGGAUACAUCAUUCCUUACUGCCAAGUUACGACUUUCCAAAACCUCACAACAUCAAAGCUUUUCACAGGCUUGGCCACGUAUAGACUUGCCUGUUCUUUCCAAAAUCCAAACCGCGUCAAGUAAUUUGUUUGCAUUCGCAAAGCUUACUGAACAACUCGACCUUAAUGGUUUGACAUACCAGAUUCUUGUCAAGAACAUUCCUGGAUAUAUUCCUAAAGGUCAAACUCAUGUUGGUGAUAUACAUAUUGCUCGUCUGAAUCCCAAAGUUGUUUUAUCUGUUCGCGAGCUAUUUAGUUUAUAUGGACAUGCCGCGUUCAAAAGCACACAUUCGUCAAAUUCAAGCACUAUGGAUCCUGGCUCAAAUAUGCACAUUCCUAACAGCAAUAUUUACGUGUAUUUGGAGCCAGCAAAAAGUUUGUCGUUUUCUGCCAAAUCACAAUCCCCUACUGCCAAGAUAGAUGCUAUUUCAACUGAACACCAUACACACAGAAUCGUUGCCAAGAUGCGACUCCCGGAUCGUCUGCUAUCUUUGGAAGCACAUUCGUUAAAAAUCAGCGAGUAUAUCGAGUAUGAUGGCACAUCGCAAACAAUCACAUUCCAAUAUCACAGUGUUAAUGAGUAUAUUGAGUGCUUCAUCACAGAGUUUUUGAGAGUUAUAAGCAUGAUUUACUUGACGUUACAGCUCAAGCGGUAUACAAAGGCGUUGGAAAAUAUGAAUGUAAAGAUGGAUUUUUUCAAUCUAUUGAUGGUGAAUGUGCAGUUAUUUCCCAACACAGUCAUGCAGAUCAAAUGGCUACCUCAACAUGAUUCACAGACUAAUGAGUCUGGCUUUUCGGUAUGGCACGGAGAAUAUGCUGCAUCAUUUCAGCACAAUGACGGAUCACCAGAUGAGCUCAUGGUUAUUGCAGACCUGUUUACAGCGAUACUAAACAAAACCAAAGAGAUAUUUCCUCUUAUUCAGCUACUUCAUCGCGUAGCUCCUCUUGUAUCUUUGCUGGAACACAUUCGUCAAAGACGAGUUGCUUUUGGACAAACUGGAGUUGUGUUGAAGAUUCUUUCACUUACCCAUUUCCGUAUCGUGUUUCCAUACUUUUCGCAAUUAUGUGGCAUUGAGUUUGUAUACGAGCGUCCCGGCUCGUUUAUGAUGUUUGAUGCAUCUAUGCUAGACUAUGCAGCUGAAUUGGGUCUUGGGAGUCUUGCCAAGGUUGGAUUGGGGAUUUUUUGUGACGACAGCAUUGUUGACAAUUCAAUUGAUACUGAACAUACUCUAAGGCCUUUGCCCGAGUAUAUUGAUAUGCCAGCUGUAUCUGUUCCAGGAAUGGAUCAAAUGCGGCCACCCCGCAUUGGGCUAUUAUAUACACUGGGCACGCGGGUGGCCCAAGAGUUGGCAGAUUCAGCUACAGCCACUACAGAUCCACCUCGCUCUUCUCGUCAAGUAGCAGAUACCCCGACACAUUCAAAACAUGGAUCUAUUGUUGUUCUUCCACAUGGGAUACUGUGCACUUUUAGUAUGAUUGACACAGUCAUGGUUGGUAUUGAGGGAUAUAUCGAUGUAAUGUGUGCAAGCGAUCUGAUAUUCUCGUAUCUCAAAACCCAGCCAGUUACACAUUCUAUUCAUGAAGAGCAGCACUGUCGAAUUUUGUUUGCUACUGAAUCUUCCAAAGCAGCGCUUACCUGCCAUUCAAACGGCCGUUGGGGUUUCGUAAUUGCUGCGACAGAGCGAACUCAUGACAACAAGGCUGCUGUAGCAAACAUUCCUGAUAGCAAAGCUUGGCUUGAUCGGCUUAAUCAUGAUGUCAAUGCGAUUCCUAUCCCAAAGCGAAAUUCGCUACAGUGGCUUAAAACAGUUGUUCAUAUUGCCAUGCUGCCAGACAUUCCUCUACGCGAGUUGAUGAGUGUGACACGAGUUUCCAACUCACUCAACAACACCAAACCACUGGCUUUAGAAUGGAUUCUACAGUCUCCUCCCGAUGCACCUCCACACAUUCCUGCUCCUGGAGAAAUGUCAUUUAUUUUUGAUCGUGAUCUUGAACGGAUGAGACUGCUGUACCGAUUUACCGAUACGACAACACAAGAGUCUGUUUUGAUACCCAUCAAGUAUAAUUUUGGAUCUGGCGUCAUCUCCAUAUGGCACAAUGAGGCAGGGGAUGCGAUUUAUCCAGAUAUAACGCCGUACCACCCAUUGGAUCCAAAAAUGGAAGGACUAAUGAAAACCUUGACCAAUACAAAUUUGCCUAGUUUGCCAAUCCUGGAGCGUACGUUUGUACAAGCCUCAAUCAAGCAUAUUCCGCCGACAAUGGGUGGACCUGGCAAGUUAUUUGCUGUUCUUAAGCAUCUCACUUCACGAAACAUAUUGGAAUUGAAAAGUGGAGUAAAUGUACAAUAA